GGUCUCAUUUUACUCUGAGGCUGUGACACACUGCGCUGCUCCUCUCUCUUCUUCACUCACCACAACAACCGUUUCUCCUCACAUGAUGAUGGAUCUGAGGAUUUUACUCUUUUUUGUGACCAUGCCCUGGAUAUUUUGUGAACCGGCAAGAACCAGUAAAGUGGUGCCUAAACACAAAGGGAUAUUGAAAAUAGUAGAUGAUGAAGAAUUAAUCUCAGAGAGUAGAAUUGUCGUGGAAGCCAAGAAACCAAAGAAAAAAGUCAUUCUUAGCGCAGACUAUGAUAGUCCAGUUGACACAGAUGAUGAAGGUCCGGGAGCAGACCAUAAAGAUGACAAGGAACUCCCCACAUGCCUGAUGUGUGUGUGUCUAACUGGAUCGGUGUACUGUGAGGAGGUUUCUCCUGACAUGACAACAGUUCCACCACUGCCAAAGGAAACGGCUUACCUCUAUGCACGCUUCAACAAAAUAUCUAAAAUUACCAACAGAGACUUUGCCGAUAUUGCCACACUGAGAAGAAUUGACCUGACUGGCAAUCUGAUCUCUGAAAUAGAAGAUGGAGCCUUUUCAAAACUCGACCAGCUUGAGGAACUAACAUUAGCUGAGAACAAACUGGUCAAACUGCCAAUGCUGCCGGCUAAACUUGUGUCUCUCAAUGUCAACCACAAUGUUCUUAAAACAAAGGGAGUAAAAGCAAACAUUUUCAAGAAACUCACCAGGCUGGCAUACCUGUACCUUGGAGACAAUGGGCUGGAGGCCGUCCCGCCGCUGCCAGAAAGCCUGCGCGUGGUUCAUCUGCAUGUAUGGUCCUCACUAUAUUGUAAUCUCAGUGAUCCGCUGAGAAAGAAGAAAAUGUUCCUUAAGCCAUUGUCCAACUGGCAACCACUGCUAAGAUGA